CUGGUAUGGGGAGAUGGGGUCUGGGCCAGCCUUGGCCUCUGUGUCUCCCGGGUCAAGCGCUUAAAUGGAAUCAUCCUUCUCGCAAGCCCCAGAGCCCUCACUAUCUAGAGUUCCCAUUUUCAGAUGGGGAAACUGAGGCUCAGAGUGGGGCUGAGGUCACAAACCCGCAGAUGCCCCUCUGUGACCUGUCUCUGGAUCAAGCCACUGGGCCUUUGGGCUGGGGGAGCGGAUGGCUCCACCAUCAACUUGCGGGCACUGAGAUCAGGGGUGGUCACUGCCCCUCCCCCCCCCCCCCAACGGGUGUAGGGACUCUGGUGGGGGAGGGGAGCGUGGUCAAAGCCAGGGGCGAAGGCAGAGCUCCGGUUCUGCCCAUCACACCUUGGCUGGGGCAGGGAGCCACCUUCACCCACCGUCUCCCCCCACCAGGCCCACCUGGCCCGAGAUUCCCCGAGGACUGUGGGAGGAGCUGCUUUUCAGGGCUUGGGGACCCUCAGGCACAGCCCCGCGGCGAGUGGGCGGGGCUGAGGGAGGCUGUCCCUGGCUCUGCUGCACAUGGGAGGGGGGAGGGAUUCCAGGGGCAUCCUUCUUCCUCCCCCUAAAGUGCCAAAGGCAGGGUCUGGGGACAGGACGCUGCUGUGCCCUUGGCAGCCCCCCGUUACUCUGCAGGGACUUAGCCAGGAAUACGGGAGUCUAGGCAUCGUCCCCACAGGCAUGGGGGCAUCGGGGAGCCCGCGUUGGCGUGGGGCUGAUGCCUCUGCAGAGCCACUGAGACCCCGAGGGGCACGGAGAUCCCCAUCUCUCGGCCGGCCUCGUGGGGGCCCGCAGGGAGCCAGGUGGGGCGCGGGGUCUGCCCCUGGGGCCGUGGGGACACGCAGCCCCUCGCUACCCUCCUCCCCGCUGCGUCCCAUUAAACUGUGUGAGGCUUCGUUCUUUCUUCUCUACUUGGAUUUUUUUUCCUUUUAAUUCAAGGAAGAAGCGGGUGGAGGAAGGGAGAAGGUGUUUAAAUUAAGUCCUCGUAAUAUAAGAAAAAUUACAUUUUUCUUUCCAGGACGGGAGUUUCAUAAAGAUAAUUAUCGUAAUUACUCUAUGACGAAUGUUAUUUUUAUUACAUGCUUUUUUGUCUUCAUCUUCCAGCGUGAGGGGCUUCUGGGGGGCGGGCAGAGGCAGUGGCCACCAGGAGGACAGGGGGACAGGCCUGAGCGUGUCCGUGUGCCGGGUCGUGCACACGGGAUGGGGGGGGGUGUGCCCGUGCCGUUGUCACACGCGAACCCCCGUGGCCCCCACUGGGCUUCAGGCCUCCUUCCCCUCCCUACCCUGGUCCCCAGACCGCCUCCCGCAUGACUCACUGCUAUGGUGUGACCCCGGCCCCUCCGGGAGCUUCCGUGGGCCGUGUGGGCCGAGAGGCAGGGAGCAGGAAAGGUGGAAUUGGAGGCUUGGGGACCUAACGCCUCGGCCUCCCUGUGACCUCCAGCAGGGUGCGUCCCUCUCCGCGCGAGGUGGGCGCAUAGCCUGUCUCCCAGGGGUGACUGGCUUCUGUGAGCUCCCAGAUGGAAGUAAUCAUUUCCAGAGCACUUACUGUGCGACGCACGAGGCCCAGAUAGGGGCUGCCACACCGCCCAAUGCUGUGGACCGACCCUGCCUGAGGCUGAAGGUUUACGUGCGGCCAACCAACGAGACCCUGUACGAGGCCCCGGAGCCCAUCUUCACCAGCAAUAACUCGUGCAGUGGCUUGGGCGCCUGCCAGCUGGUCCUCAGCACUGUCCCUGUGCUGUGGACCCUCCUGGGCUCCUAGUCCCGGCCCACCUGGAUGCCCCGCCUAGAGACCAGCUAGAGACUCCGUUUCUCCCACGACUGGUGCUGCCCUGCCAGGCAGGGGGGGGCUGUCCACCGCCCCAGGGCCAGCCCUGGGGGGCGCGGCUAAAGGCCCUGAUGCCUGAGAGGCCGGGUGUCUGUCCAGCCUCCCGGCCAAGCCAUUCCUUCCAGGGUGCCGGACGGCGGAAUCAGAAAGACUUGAGUUUUUAAUUUAAUUUAUUCCUUGCUGUUGCCGGUAACUUUGGGAAGGAGACAGAGUGGAUGCUGCGUGGGUCCCUGGCCCCCCCGGGGCACGGGGAUCGGGAGACCCCUGGUCUGGUCGGCCCUCCAGGUGCCCUGGGACAGGCCGGUCGGUCUGAGACGGAAGGGGCCGGGGAUGCGUGCCCCUAAUUCCGGCCCAGGAAUCAGAGCCCACCUCAGACCCCCCCCCACCCCCCACUCCCCACUCCCCCCCACCUCCUCCCUCCAGGGUGCCUCACCAGAGAGCCCCGUGUGGAGCCCUGGCCCCAUCAGAGCCCCCGCCCCCCCGUCUUAGAACCGCUUAGGCCCCGCCCGGUCCCCCCAGCCUCACCCGCUCGCCCCCGAGGCCCAGAAGACGUGACAUUUCUGUAAAUAGAGCCAGCAAGCAUAUACUGUGAUUUAUUUUUACUGUAUUCCUAAGGAUGGCCUGGAAAGUUUCUUUUUUUCUUACCCCUUCAUGGGAGGGGGGCACUUUUAUUUUGGUGGGGGGGUGGGGGGACUUUUUAGAGUAGAAGCCGCACUUCGCAAUAAGUUCGUGUGUCUGUCGGAGCCCCUGCCCCUACUCUCCGAACUAAUAACGUUUGUAAGAGAAAAGAAGACAGGACAAAAGGAAACACGGGGGCCACCACCAAGAAAAGACACCCCCCCGACACUUUAAAGAAGCAAACCGCAUUUAUACAGAUUUCAUAUUUCCUACCCGCCUUUCCUGAUCUGUGUUUUAUAUAUAUUAUAUAUAAAUAUAUAUGAUGCAAGGCCGCCAGGAGACGGCUCCUGGAUGCCGGGGGGGGGGGGGCUUUUGUAGGGGGCAUCGUGGGCGGGUGGUGGCGUCACGCCUGGAGCUGGCGACCGGGACCCCCCCCUCCAUUACAAUCAACUUUGGAUUCUGUAUUUUUUUAUAAUAAAAUGAGCGUAAACUUCAA